UCUAUAUAAAGAACAAAAAAAGUAAUUUAUAUAAUAAAUUUCUACGUGGGAGAAUAGUUUUAUAAUUACUGGUUUCCAUCGUAUCGGAACAUGAUGAAGAUACAUACGUAUUUGGUUCCCAAGUCAAGCGAAUGUAGGACAAGUUCAAAUGUUGCAUCGGCCCACUUUGUUCAUGGGACUAAGCUAACCCGAUCGUAGAAAUUUAAAGGCAUAUAAAACAAUGUACAAGGUUGUUACACUGCUUGAAUUAAAUAGACAUUUUCUCGUUACAGUAAUUAACCAUUACAGAAUGACCUCCAGCGAAGAUGGUGAUUUAAUCGAUCUUGGAAACGACAUUUGUGUGCCACGGGUGCCGAUUCAAGAAUCAUCGCCCGACGAACAGGAACAUCUUCUCGACGUGUGCUUACCGAAGUUAGAACAAGCAUUGUCAUUAACAAGAAAGCAAGAACAAGUACAAUGCGUAAGCGACAACGGUGAUGUGUUAGUCACGUUAGGUCACGACCAAGUGGUGCCGAAUCAUAAAAGAAUCGACGUCGUUUCAUCCGAUACGAUAAAAAGGAUUCGUGACAUAACUAGGAACUUGGAACCAGUUAUAAGAAAGACUUGUUCCGACAUUAACGAAGAGCAUCAAGACACUGUUGAUUAUGGAAAUUCAUCAAAUAGCAGAGACGAACCUUGUCCUAGCGAAAAGUUCGAAGAUGAGACGUUCGAGGCACAGGAAAUCAAUAAUGCUUUCAAUUUUCUGACAGAACACGACGACAACGAGGAUCAGGCUGACGCGAGGUGUAAUCAUUACGAUCAAGUUAUAAACUCUGGACUAAUCUUAUUAACCUGCCGUACUACGAAAAGCGAAGAUUUAUUAAAUUACCAUGAUAAUGGUUCCUCGCAAGUUCUGAACUGUUGGAAAGACGCAGACACUGAUUUAAACGAUCCAGCUUUUGAAAAUAUUUCAAGGAAGAGUAGGUCUGAUCCUGUUGAUUAUGAUGAACUCGGAGCGAGUAACAUUGGUCCUGAAAAACAAACAUUUGUACGAACAAAUAAAAGAGGAUCAUUUCAGCAUACGCAUCGUAAAUCUUGGACGGAAGGAACUACACUUACAAAUGCAUCGCAGGAUAUAUUUUCUCGAUUCGACAGGUCAACUAGUUUAAGGGAAUAUAAUUGCGAGCCAUCGACUUCCAAUGACAUUCAUCAGCAGUCCAGCUUUAUUUCGAGCUGUUCAACGGAGAAAGGACUGGAGACGAAUGGAGACGAUCAAGAGGACGGAUGUUCAGAAUGUUCGGAAGUAGAUUGGUCGUGGUUGGAGGAAGUAGAAUAUCCGCGGGCUACGGAGUCGUUAGCACCCGGUGUGGUUGACGCGGUUCAGGAGAACACCGAAGGAGGGAAUGCAUCCCCCACCAGUGAAAAUGCGAGGCGCAGGCGCGGCCGCGAGCAUCAGGCUACCGAGGCGGGCUGCAGUGCCGCGAUGUCUGUCUCUGGGACGGUAAAGUCCUUAGUGGUUAAUAGUUCACGAUGGUCAACUGCCGAUCCACUAUCUGAUUAUAACGCCAAUAAUCAAGAUGAAACUGUACAUUGUAACAACGAAACUAUCAAUCGGGAAACACGCGAUAACCCUGCGCUUGUUAACUCCUGGGUACGGGCCUCAAUGAGACGUUUGCGCCACUUGAGAUUACCGGAAGAAACUGAACGACAGCGAAACAUCGAUUCGAAUAAUUGCCGCGGUACGAUCGUGUCCGCGCCAAACUCCCUGCCAGACAUUGCUUUAAUUGCUCCGGAAAUAUUAGCUGCCCAAACAAACGGUACUUCCGGCACCCUCCUCAGGCCGUCCAGCGCUCCUGUAAGAAACUUGAAUAAUUCAAACGUAGUGCCAUCACGGAGAGGAGGUGGAAGACAAUUUAGAGCAAGUCGAUCGCAAAGGACGAGGAGCCGCGAUAUCGCUUCGAGGCAAAGCAGCGUUUUAUCGUCGACCACGGGCAGUGACACAACUGCUUCAGGAACCACGACGUGCUCUAGCUCUUUUGGCGGUGCUUCCACAAGUCCACCUUCCAGCACGGCGACAAGUCCGCAACGUAUCACUUCCAGGCGAGUAUGUGACAGACAAAGAGAUGUUGAUAGGGAUGAAGAUAGAGGAGAAGACGAGGACGAGGAUGCUAAUCCAUUGGGAAAAUGGCCACAUGCUCUUAGUCCAGCCUUGGCAUGCCUUAGUUGCACCCUUGGUCUUUUCAAUAUAAGUAGAUUUUCUAUUCUUAGUGUACAAUUCGGAGCAAAUUUCAUUGUGCAGUUCCUGAUUUUGUCUUUGGUAUUGGGUAUCCCACUUUUGACAUUGCACGUAUGUCUCGGUCAAAGAUUGGCGGCUGGAUCCGUAGAUAUGUGGAAAAUUUCACCCCUCUUCCAGGGUGUUGGUAUAGCUCUUCUAAUUGCACAAGCAUUCAUCGGUAUUUACAGUAUCGUUGGUGUAUCCUGGAUGUUCGUGUACUUUAGGGAUUCGUUUAUAACGAAGCAGGACAAGUACCGAUGGGCAGAACCGUUUUCUUUGUACAGAGAAGAUAAACCUACGCAGAAUAAUAGUAAUUUGCAUAAAUUAUACGAGACAGUACCAGAUUAUUUUAGCGGCGUUGUUUUGCAAAGACAUCAUUUAAACGAGUCAGAGCCUGGUGUUGUAACGUUAAAGUUUCAAGUAGCUUUCAAUUUAGCUGUUGUAUGGAUGAUUGUGUUCGUAUCAUUAAGCAAAGGUUUGAGAUCCUAUGGCAAAGUAGUAUACGUUUUUACAUUGGUGCCUGUAUUUGGUACUUUGGUUCUUUGUACGAAAUUACUUGGUCUCACGCCACCAGGCUCCAUACAUCAACUUUUUCCUGCCACUGUAUGGACUGAGUUUUUCAUUAAUGGCAAAUCAUGGAUAGCAGCAUCUAUCGAGGUUUUCCUUACUUGGGGAUUACUUGGUGCAGCUGCUAUGCAGAUAGCUGCUCACAAUAAGCACAAGCAUCUAUUACAACGAGACACAAGUUUAGUGAUUGUGUUAACUAUCGCAGUUCUACUACUCGCAGCUUUUCUGGCAAAUACUUGCGUACAAGUUCUGAAACAUCACGGAUAUAUUUACAUACCUAGUUCGUUUGAAAGAAUAUCAUCAUACAUGUUUAUGAGACCCGUGAACCAACCAGCACCACCGGGAUACAGCAGUACACCAGAAAGAUUUAUGGCACAUGCAUCGUUUAUUGUUGGAGAACGUGUAACUCGUCCUGGUACAGACUUCAGCGUUGAAUCUGGUUAUCAAGCCUUGAGAUUUUCAACUGAAUUAGUUCCUGCGACGUUGGCGUUACUAGGCACUGAGCAAGUGUCGCCGUUCUGGGCAAUCCUUUUUUAUUUUAUUCUUAUACUAUUUGGAAUAGCUCAACAGCUAGCAAUAUGGCAUUGUGUGAUAACUGGUAUCAUGGCAAUUAAUGCGAAAAUGAUGAAGUUAUGGGAAACUACUAUUACAUUCUUCAGUUGUGCUUGUGCUUACAUACUAGGUUUACCUAUGGCUACCGAGUUGGGCAUACACGUCGUAUAUUAUCUAGACUACACAAUUGGUGGUACUUGGUGGAUAAUGAUUUUAUACUUGGUGCAAGUUGGUGCUGUAUUCGCAGUGCGAGGACGUCCACAUAGUGGUGAAGCGGUGGUAGCCGAAUUGUUUCCUCCAACUGGUCGAUGUCUCAGACACUGGGCUGGUCCACUUUUGUCAUUCACGUGGAAUGUCGUGCUACCUGUAAUUCUUAUGAUUCUUAGCAUUACGGUAUUUAAAAAUGCUGGAUUUCGAGAACUUUACUCCUAUCGGCGUACCGCUAGAGAAUACUGGUCAAUUUGGGCAAAACAACUUGGAGCUACGAUUCAGUUAGUACCAAUAUUAACAAUACCGGCAGUGGCUAUCAUACAGACAUGUCGAUAUUUGAACAAUGGUCCGCCUGAUAUAUUUGACAACAAUCAAAUGGAAGUUAAUGUAAAUCACUGCGAACAAUGCAAUGGUAGAAUUCAAUUGUUGUAUCGACCAUCUUUGGAACCGGAUGAUUCUCGAGACGGGCAGACGCAUACUGGGAACGAUAUGAGUACCAGUAUUCACGGCAAUGGUAUUGUGCAUGCGACAACCGAAGUGCCGUUUGAAGAUCCACCGCCAAAAUACACACCUCCUCCAAGUUAUACCACAGCAACGGGAGCGAGAAUAGCGAAAAUGUUACGGCAAAGUUUUCGAAGAAGUGUACGUCGAAUAGCGAAUGUGCUCGGCGAGAGCAGCACACCGAGACAGAGACCGGCGCUACAACCUCCACCCCCUGAUUACGCCACUGUACUUGUAGAAAUGAAUCAAAGUAGACAAACGCAAGACGUAACGAUUCACAUAACUGAAGUAAGAAACGAGAACGCCAAUUCUAACAUUCAGAAUAAUGCUACCGAAAGACAUAGACCUAACACGAUAGAUAGAACGAUGAGAAUCGGCGCGGUAGAACGUUCAGUAGGAAGAACGCAUUCGACGCUCGAGAGACCUCGUCGACCGUGUAUAACUUCAUCGAGCAGUUCGAAUUUGACUGCGGUUGAUGUGGCUAAUUUACUUCGUAGUAGCAUUAGAAGAGGGACUACGCGAACUCAACAGUCUCUGCGUAGAAGUUUUUGCCACGACGAAUCGACGGUAGCAGCGUCCGUUGAGAAUCUAGUCGAGGCUGCAGCGCCGAUCGGUGAAGAAUCUUUGGUCCUUCCGAAGGACGUGUCUCUAGUCUCCAAUGAACAGGCUAACGAUAAUAGCGACGAUAAGAAGACUGCCGAAGAAACGGACGAGUCCGUUUCUGUGAUAUAGACUAUAUCUUUUCUUUCGAGCCUUUAUGAAGAAUAAUAUGACUGUUAUUUAAUUUCUGCUGCAUAGUGUUACGGUGAUUUAUUCCUUGUUUCAUUUGUAUCAAUAUGCGUCUUUGCAAACUAUUCAAUAUAAUAUAAUAUAAACAAAUUGCCGAUGAUAUCAUCGAUGAUAUCAAUAAAUGAAAAAUUAAUUUUAUCUUUUAGACUGAAUUCAGUAUUUUCUAAUCUUGUCACAUAAAUAAUGGCAUAAUUUCUUAUCACUUUAAUUACUGUGACGCGCAAAUGAAAAUCGGAUAGCAACGUGCAGUGAAACAUAUCAUAAACUCGUUUUGUUACUUACUAUAGACAUUGAUUUUAGAUUGUGUACGUUAAAUUUUAUUAAUGUUCAAUUUGCUUUUAACCAGUCUAUUUUAGCAUUUUGGCAUUUUUUUUAAUUAAGACUGUGCAACUAAAAUGUUUAUGUGUAAUAUACUGCUGUAACUUUUUAGUAGAUUCAUGAUAUUAGUGUACAUAAUAUUUUAACAAAUCUUAAAUUCGCUUAAGCAUUUUGUUCGUUAAUUAUGAUGGCUGUUUAGUGUUACAAUAAUCUAAUCCGUCCAACAUCCAUCAAAGUCUACAUAUUAAUUUUUGAGCAGUGGUUAAUAUGCAGGCUAGACCAGCUAAUUGGGAUCACUUAAAUAUUUAUAUAUCUUACUUGUUAUAUGAAAAUGCUUCUCAGGACAAAAUUAUAUUCUAUACAUUCACUCA